GACAUGAGAUCGUAACAAAUAAAAAACUAAACUUUUAAAAAAAAUUUGGAAUCCGUAACAUUUCACAAAAUUUUUUAUGACCAUCGUUAAACACGACUUUGCAAAACGUUUUCUUCCCCAAACACAUACAUCUCUUCCCAAAUUUCAUAAUUCCCAAAAAGAAUUUCCCUCCCUCUCCUCCUUCUCCCUCCCCCACCGACCGCUACCGCAUUUCGCCGCCCACCGCAGUGGGCCUCCCAUCUCCGACCAGGAGCGCCGACCACCGUCAUUUUCUCUCUACAGUCUCUCUCUCUGGCCGGCCGUUCUUCUUUACCGGUGGCGUCUCCAUCGGCUUUCCCCCAACUCAGCCAGCCGCAUCUCUCUGAUUGCCGUCUUCACCGGCGACGGAACCAAGGCUCACAUCCUUGGAAAGCAAAUGAUGAAAAAAUUCUUAUCCUACACACUGAACUAAAUAGAGAGCAAGAUGAUACGGGCGGUGAUGGUGAUGAACACGCAGGGCAAGCCUCGCCUGGCCAAAUUUUACGAUUUCCAGCCUGUUGAGAAGCAGCAGGAGCUUAUCCGCAGCGUUUUUGGAGUCUUAUGCAGUAGAGCUGAGAAUGUAAGCAAUUUCUUGGAGGCCGACUCUAUUUUCGGCCCGGAUAGCCGUCUUGUAUACAAGCAUUACGCAACACUUUACUUUGUUUUAGUUUUUGAUGGUUCUGAAAAUGAGCUUGCCAUGCUCGACUUGAUACAAGUGUUUGUGGAAACGUUGGACAAAUGCUUUAAAAAUGUAUGUGAGCUCGACUUAGUGUUCAACUAUUGCAAGAUGCAUACUAUUGUAGAUGAGAUCAUUUUUGGAGGCCAAGUGCUGGAAACAAGUUCUACGGAAGUUAUGAAGGCUAUUGAAGAAAUAUCAAAGUUAGAAACUGCCUCUAAUUCUAUCAGCCUUGUUCCCAAAUCUGUUUCUGGUUGGCGAAGUCGAUAGCAUGUGGUUUUUAAGUGAGCUGUUGAGAUGAUCAACAAUAAUUCAAAUUUUGCUCUCUAUAAAAUGCGAUUUAUUGAGCUGUUACAGUAUUGCUGUAAAUCGUCUAUGGAGGUAAAUGUUUCAUUUAUAAGUUCAUAAAUAUUGAUAGCCAGUGUGUACCAUCCCCUGUAUUCCUUCUGUUGAUCCAGAUUGCUCAUUGGAUCUAAUCUGAUUUCCCUGUAUUGAACGUUGUUCGAUUAGGUAUUACAAAUCGAUAAAGAUUGUAUUUUCUGUUCUGCAA